UGAAAGUCGAAAAGCCUCAACAGAUUGAGAUAGGAUGAAAAGUUGCAAAACUUCCCUAAACUCUUCCUCUUCCCUGCAGAGUAGAACUUCCUCUUUCUCUAUCUACAAAUGAGGGCCACUCCGAUCAUCUCUCCUAAAGAAGCAGCUCCCCUUAGAUGAAGACACCCUUUUCAGCGGUCAUCUCCGCCACCUUAUUGUUUCUCGCCGCCGUGUGCCCUCCUCCUCCUUCCGCGCAUGGUCUUGGCGGCUCCGCCGCGACCCUCGCCGUAGUCUACGGUUCUUCCAUCACCGUCUGCACCAUAGUUGCGCAGCAGCCAAUCCAACAGAUUCAAUGCUGGCGGAACGGCAAGUUACUGCCGCCCAUCCUUCCCACCACGUCCUUCGACGCCGUUGCCGGUGGCCGGGACACCCUCUGCGGCUUUCGGUCCGGGGGUUUCAGCCUCCUCUGCUGGAACACAACACUCAAUCCGAAGAGAAUUUACGACGACGCUUCGUCUCCGCUGACUUCUCUCGUGAUUGGCGACACUCAAAUUUGUGCGUUGAGGAACGUUACUUCGGGGAAUAAUAAUGCGAUUUGCUGGCGAGGAAAUAGUGUUUCUUGGGCUCGAAUUCCUACUGGUAAUCCUCAAUUUCGCGUGAUUUCAUCCGGGUUGGGAUUUUCUUGCGGAGUUCUUGAGAAUAAUAACCGGGUUUUGUGCUGGGGAGAUGAUGGAACUUCUCUUUCGAUACAAUCGGAGUUCAAGAAUUCUUCGAUGAUGAAUAUUCAGGUCGGGGGAGGGUUUGCUUGCGGGAUGAAUAAUGCCGGAUUUGUGGUCUGCAAGGGGAAUAACGAUAAUGGACAACUCAACGUACCCGCUAAUACGGCGUAUGAAUACAGGGGUCUGGCUCUGGGGGCCAACCACAGCUGCGCGAUCAGAAGACUGAACCACACGGUGGUUUGUUGGGGUGGAAAUGGUGAGUUCUCUAGUAGUAUAACUGAUGGCAUUUCGUUUGAAUCAAUUGUCGCAGGGCUUGAUUUUACUUGUGGAUUGAUCACAAGCAAUUUCUCGAUUAUUUGUUGGGGUCCCGGUUGGCCUAAUCGGUAUUAUGAAUCUGGGAUAGAGCUGCCUUUGCAGAAGACUCUUCCAGGGCCGUGCGUGGAGAAGGGGUGUGAGUGCAAUUUAUACCCUGAAUCUCAAGUACUUUGUUCUGGAAAUGGUCAUAUUUGUAGACCUUGUGAUAUUCCAACUUCAAUUCCACCAAUUUCACCGCCAUCACUUGCACCUCCACUAGUUGUUAUUAGUCCUUCCCCGCCUUCUAAAGGGCUCAGAAGGGGUUUAUUGGCUUUCGCUGUUGUUGGAUCAGUUGGUGGAUUGGCUGGGAUCUGUACAAUGGUUUAUUGUUUGUGGACUGGUGUUUGUAUUGGGAAGAAGAAGAUUCAUAAUUCUGUGCAGCCAACCAUUAAUGGUUCUAAUGCUGCUCAACAGUCUAGUAGCAGUCCACCUUCACGAUCAUCCACUCUUAGGCGCCAAGGUUCGAUACUCAUGAGGCGCCAGAGGAGUGGGACGUCGUCGAAACACACCGACAGGGCCGAGGAGUUCUUGUUCUCGGACCUUGUUGCCGCUACCAAUGAUUUUUCUUUAGAGAACAAGAUUGGAGCUGGGAGCUUUGGGGUCGUUUAUAAAGGGAAACUUCCUGAUGGUCGUGAGGUCGCUAUUAAAAGAAGUGAGACGGGUCCAAAGACAAAGAAGUUUCAAGAGAAGGAGAGUGCGUUUGAGUCAGAACUAGCGUUCUUGUCUCGGCUUCAUCACAAGCAUUUGGUUAGGCUAGUGGGUUACUGUGAUGAGAGGGAUGAGAGGCUUUUAGUUUACGAGUAUAUGAAGAAUGGAGCUCUGUAUGAUCAUUUGCAUGACAAGAACAACGUUGAAAAGAGUAGUAGCAUUGUGAAUUCUUGGAAAAUGAGGAUCAAGAUUGCACUGGACGCCGCUCGUGGGAUUGAGUACCUCCACAACUAUGCAGUUCCUCCAAUAAUUCAUCGAGACAUUAAGUCUUCAAACAUAUUGCUCGAUGCAAAUUGGACUGCUAGAGUGUCUGAUUUUGGAUUGUCGCUAAUGGGGCCUGAGAAUGAUCGCGAUUAUAGGCCAACCAAGGCAGCGGGUACAGUGGGAUACAUCGACCCAGAAUAUUAUGGACUAAAUGUGUUGACAGCAAAGAGUGAUGUUUAUGGUCUUGGAGUGGUGUUGUUAGAACUUUUGACAGGGAAGAGGGCUAUAUUCAAGAUGGGCGAAAACGGAGGGGCACCAAUCAGCCUGGUCGAUUAUGCUGUGCCAGCAAUCAUGGCCGGUGAACUAGCCAAGAUUUUGGACCCUCGAGUUGGUUCACUGGAAAUGAAUGAAUCGGAGGCGGUGGAACUCGUGGCCUACACCGCAAUGCACUGUGUGCAUUUGGAAGGCAAAGAUAGGCCUACAAUGACCGACAUUGUCGCUAAUCUGGAACGAGCAUUGAGUCUAUGUGAUGAUAGCCAUGGCAGCAUCUCUAGUGGUCCAAUCUCCUUUAUUUCAGAUUAAAGAAUUAGACAUAGCAUAAAGAAAUUCGAUUCUUUCCUCUUUUUUUUCCCCUUCUUUCUAUUCAAGAUUUUUCAGCUAGAUAUGUGGGUACAAUUUGUCAAGUGUAAAGGUUGUUCUGUUCUAACAUGAGCUGUAGUGUAGGAUUUUGUAGAACACUAACAGCCACCACUAUUCUUUUUCCACAUAAUUUCUGAUUUGAAAUCAAGAAAAUAUGAAUUUCUAGCUUCCCAUUUUCAUAGAAGUAUAUGCACAAGUUCUUGCAUAUGAUAUGAAAGAUGAGAACAUGCCUAAUUGAUUACGACCGAGAGCAGAAUUGCUGAUGAAACGUUGUUACUUGUUUGAAUGGUAUUGUGUCUUCCUAUGUAGAACUAUGAUUUCCAUACAUGUAUAGUUAAAACUUUAGUAACAUGUAUAGAUGAUGGGUUUUGC